AUGGUGGCAAACUAUUAUACCAGUAUGAUGAGUGAAGGCACUCAUCUAGUGGAUUUUGAAGACUUUAGCAACCCUUGUAAUGAGCAACAAUCACAGGAAGUGCUAGUGACUCCAUCAGCCUCCUCUACAAGACCAAAUCACAAGAGAUCAAAGAAUUUCAGUGAGAAGGAAGAUGAGAUUUUGGUUUCUGCGUGGCUAAAUAUUGAGGAUGCAAAGGCUAUGUACAAGUCUGAAGAAGGGGCAAAAGAGAUCAUUUCAGUUUAUGGAUUGCUGGAAACAAUUGAGAGGACAAGCAAAAUGGAUGGCUAA